AUGUCGAAAGUCAUCGUUGAGGUCUCCCAAGGCAUUGCCACGAUUACAUUUGACAGACCGAAGUCACUCAAUGCGAUCGAAAGAGAAGAUUACCAUGCAUUCGCAGAAGCACUCCGGGCGAUUGACAAACGCACAGAUGUAAUUGCAACUAUUUGGCAAGCGAACGGAACUUGGUUCUCAGCAGGAACUAGCGUGAAGAGGACCGUGGACCCAUCGAAGAUCCAUACUGCUCGUGACUUCUUCACGGACAGUAUCGCGGUGGUGAACACCGACGUCAGCCGUGCACUUUACACCCAUAGUAAGAUUUUAGUUGCGGCUCUGAAUGGGCCUGUCAUGGCUUUCCUCGGACACUUCGACUUUAUCUACGCGUUGCCCGGCGCAUGGCUGUCGGUACCCUUCACAUUCCUAGGCAAGUCUCCUUUCCGAAUGUCGCCGACCGAGCAACCACGUAUUGUCGCGGAAGCAGGUUCUAGCGUAACGUUCCGUAACCGCAUGGGUGCUGCUAAAGCGAACGAGGUAUUGAUAUUUGGCAAGAAGAAGGAGGCGCAAGAGCUGCUUGAGUGCGGCUUCAUCAACAAAAUUUUCCCCGAACAACCUGUACCUGCUUUCCAAGCCGCAGUGCGCAAGCAUGUCCUGUCCGAACUGGAUGGCUUGGAUCCCUCGGCUGUUCUUGGCGUCAAGAGCGUCAUCAAGGCUGGCUUCAACGACCAACACAGUCUUGACACGGUCAACCUUCGGGAGAGCUACGCCCAGGCUGAUCGGUUCGAGACAGGCAUACCCUUGGAGCGGUUUGCAAAGAUCGCGAGGAAGGAGAUCAAGCACAAGCUGUGA